AGACGGCAAAGUUUGUCCACGGUUAACACAAACGUCUCCGAGCUCAGCUCGAAUAAAUCCGAGGGCAACGUGACGAAACCUACAAACCCAGCAUCUAAAGUACCAUCGACUAGCUCUACACCUCUGAAAUCAUUGAAAUCGCAGAAAUCGAAAUCGUCAAUAGACACCAGUUCACCGAAACAGAAGCAGACCGAAGGGAACAGAGAAAUGGUGUACGAACUUGAGAAGAAUGGCAUUGAAACCAAUAAUGGCUCCCCAGAUGGUAAUAGAGCAAUGUCAAAAGGCAGCGUCUAUCCUGCUGGCUCUAAUCUAACUGCCAGAGACGCCUUCGGAAAUAUUACACUGUGUCCUCUCUGUGACAGAGCAUGUUCAUACCAAACGCUGGGAGACUCUUGUAUAUUUUCAAAGUUGACUUAUUUAUUCGACAAUCCUGCCACAGUGUUCUUCGCCAUUUUCAUGUCGUUUUGGGCCACGACGUUUCUCGAACUAUGGAAGCGUGUGAUAGUUUGGGAAUGGGAUUUGCAGAACACUGAAAGCGACGAAGAGCCAAGACCUGAAUUCGAGACGACGGUGAAGACAUUCCGAAUAAAUCCAGUGACCAGAGAAAGAGAGCCUUAUCUACCAGCCUGGUCGAAGGCUCUAAGGUUCUGUGCCACGGGAUCCAUAGUAUUUUUCAUGAUCUGCGUAGUGUUGGGUGCCGUUCUAGGGACAAUUAUCUAUAAAAUAUCUCUAGUCGCGGUGUUUUAUAAUGGCGGCGGGCCGUUCUUGAAGAAUCACGCGAAAAUUUUUACCUCCAUCACCGCUGCCCUAGUUAACUUAAUCAUAAUCAUGAUCCUUACGCGAGUCUACCAUCGGCUUGCUAUUUGGAUGGUGAACAUGGAGAACCCUAGGACUCAAACCGAAUACGAGUCCAGUUUCACGUUUAAAAUAUUUCUCUUCGAGUUCGUCAAUUUCUACUCAUCACUAAUCUACAUUGCGUUCUUCAAGGUUCGUAUAAUAAACAGUAAAGAUCAAAAUCGGACCACCAUUCUUGAAACUGUUUUCGCAUUGACUGGGAUAAUGAGUUACGUAAUACCAGCAGUGCCUCAGCCUCUGUCCACCCAAUUACAACGAGAACGACUACUAGCACAGGAGGCUAAGUAUGAAAAAGGCAUAAAGAGCAGAGAGGACGAAGACGACAUUCUAUCGAUGCUGAGGGAAGCAGGGAGUAUAGGGAGGGCUGCCGGGGGUGGAAGAGGCAGUUGGGCGAGACGUUUUAGUAAAAUUAGCGACGGUUUAGACGCCCACGUCGACGUCACUUCCAGACACAAUAGAAAUGACGACGGAUCAACCGUCUGGGAAGUGACAUAAUAAACGCCGAUGGCGCUAAACUAUAGGCUAAUCGGGACCAACUUCGUGAAUGGGGAACAGUGCAAAGACAAGAGUGUGAUAUGUAUGAAUGAUUUCUUAGAAUCGUUUGAGUGCAUAACUGAACUUAAUAGUGAAUAAUAAUUAUUAUUAAGUAGAAACAAAGGAUAAUUGUGAUAUCUUAAGAGUGUAAAAGGAGAACAAAUGCCAAAAGUGUUUGAAGUAUCACCAUAGUAUUGGGAAUUGACACAGGGGUCAAUAGAUAUUGCUAACCAUCAUGGCGACGAGAAGCCAGGAAUUAUACUCGUGGCCCUAAAAAUCUACACUCGUGUUCCCGAGAGUCUAGGAACAGGCAUAGUUCAGUUUUUGAUUGUUCUGCGCAUCUCAAUACUUUACCGUGUAUGGAGGGAGGCCUGAGACGCAAGAAUCUCAGAAUUUGUCGCGCACUGCUCGCUUCCCCUCUUUUUCGCCCGUUUUUUGAUCCCCACUACUAUUCUCCUCAUGCGCCAUGCUCGGGGUCGCUGGUAAAUGUGUCAAUUCCCAAUACCUAAUACUGUGGUAUAUCACGUUGUUCGUAGAGUUAGUCGAUGUAACUUUUGCCACAAACACGAUCAGUCAGUCAGUGUUACCAUUUGAAUUGUAAAACCAUUUACAAUAUCCUCAGCUACACGUUGUAUGUAGAAGAAGGUGUACACACACGCUUCAAGCCUGAUAAGUACAUACACGAACGUAAUAAAACCAAUUACGAAGCUCUGUGAUUCUCACCAAGUUUUAUAUAUGUGUAAACUAUUGUAAAUAUAUUUAUGUAAAUGUUUCGCGAUAGCAAAUUCAUUUUGAUAUUCAUUUAAUUCUAACGAGCAUUCCAUCCUCUUCAAGA